AUGGAUAACAUAAUCGAAAUUCAGUUUGACUACCUUUAUUAUUCUAAGCGAAGGGUUACCCCGUUAUUUAUUAGUACGGAUGAGUUAUUGUCUUACAGUUACGAUGGAUUUUGCUCUCGAAUGUUACAAGAAGUUCCUCAUAUUGCGAAGAUGCUGCUGCCAGCCGAAUCGUUGCGAAUGAUUUUGGCGGAAGAUAAUCGACCAGAAAUUGACUUGUCUCACAAGUACUUUCAGUCCCAGAUAGCACGACUGGUAAAUAAAGGACUAAAAACAAUCGUCAUUCGUAUUGCCGAAAAUGAGUCACCGCUACCUGCACAGCCAACACAGUCAUCGAACAGUACGUGUAAAAGCCAACAUUUGACAGGACAAUCUCGAAGCAGACGUUGUCUAUAUGUAUCUCAAAACGUCGCACAAAACAACGUUGAUAAACAAGGAAACCUAAAGAUUUUGUGUGUGAAUGACAACAGCUAUAAUCUUGGUUGUAGUACCACUAUAAAUUCAAGUCCUGAACCAGUUUUACCUUUAGAACGACACGUGAAAAGAUACGAGGAAAUUAUUCAAAACAUUGACAAAGAAUUAACG